UGUGUCGUCAUUUCCACGGAACAGGGGAGGGAGAAUACCGCGGGUGUUGUAAUUUGUUGUUGGCUUUGGGUGUGGCCUAGUGCGACCGCGGUAUUUCCAGUUCAUGCUGUGAAGUGUCCGGGGCUUGGGAAGGACAUCGGCGUGAGCACCUCAAGGCUAAACCAUGGGUGACAGCAAGGUAGAGAGAAAGGGGACCUUCAAGGUCGAUUAUUUGAAGGAGAUUGAGCGUGACAUGCAAGAGACAUGGGCCCGCGACAGGGUGUUUGAGGUGGAUGCCCCACAACCAUCCAAGUCUGGUGAUGAGAAGUAUUUUGUGACGUUUCCAUAUCCUUACAUGAAUGGAAGACUUCAUCUGGGUCAUACUUUCAGCCUGACAAAAUGCGAGUUCGCCGUGGGCUACCAGCGCCUGCAGGGCAAGCGCUGCCUCUUUCCGUUUGCGUUCCACUGCACGGGAAUGCCGAUCAAGGCGUGUGCAGACAAACUGCGCCGCGAGAUCGAGACGUACGGCUUCCCGCCCAGCUUCCCCGCCGAAGAGGAGCCCGCCAAACAAGAGCAGGCCGCCAGCGAGCCCAUCAUCAAGGAUAAGGCCAAGGGCAAAAAGAGCAAAGCUGCGGCCAAGACUGGCGGUCUGCGGUACCAGUGGAAUAUCAUGCAGAGUCUGGGCCUCCCCGAUGACGAGAUCAAAAAGUUUGCCGACGCCGAUCACUGGCUGCGCUACUUCCCGCCGCUGGCGCAGCAGGACCUGGCGCGAUUGGGACUCCGGGUGGACUGGCGCCGCAGCUUCAUCACCACCGACGUCAACCCUUACUACGACUCGUUUGUGCGCUGGCAAUUUCUGCGUCUGCGUGAGCUCGGCAAGGUCGAAUUCGGCAAGCGGUACACUAUCUUCUCGCCGCGGGAUGGCCAGCCCUGCAUGGACCACGACCGCAGCUCGGGCGAGGGCGUCGGUCCGCAGGAGUACACCCUCAUCAAGAUGCGCCUCAAAACUCUGCCGCCCAAGCUAAGCGCUGCGGGCUCGCGACCCGUGUUUCUGGUGGCGGCCACGCUGAGGCCCGAGACCAUGUAUGGCCAGACCAACUGCUGGGUCCACCCGGACAUGAAGUACAUAGCCUUCGAGACCAACUCUGGAGAGGUGUUCGUGUGCACGCGGCGGGCGGCGCGGAACAUGUCCUACCAGGGCAUGACGGCGGCGGAGGGCGAGAUGAAGGUGGUUUGCGAGAUCACCGGCAUCGACAUCAUGGGCCAGCCGCUGAAGGCGCCGCUCACCUCUUACGACACCAUCUACACCCUGCCCAUGCUGACAAUCAAAGAGGACAAGGGCACCGGCGUGGUGACGUCUGUGCCGUCGGACGCGCCCGACGACUACGCUGCAUUGCGCGAUCUCAAGAAGAAACAGCCGCUGCGGGAGAAGUACGGCAUCGCCGACCAGAUGGUGCUGCCGUUCGAGCCGGUGCCCAUCAUCGAGGUGCCAGGCCUGGGCAGCCUGAGCGCCGUCACUGCCUGCGACAGCCUCAAGGUCCAAAGCCAGAAUGACAAGGAGAAGCUGGCUGAGGCCAAGGAGCAGGUCUACCUCAAGGGAUUCUACGAAGGGGUGAUGCUGGUGCCGACCCACAAAGGCAAGAAGGUGCAGGACGUCAAGAAGCCGAUUCAGAAGCAGCUGGUGUCGACGGGUGAGGCGGUCAUGUACCAGGAGCCGGAGAAACAGAUCAUCUCCCGCUCCGGCGACGAGUGCGUGGUGGCGCUCUGUGACCAGUGGUACCUGGACUAUGGCGAGCCGACCUGGCGGGAGAAGACGGCUGCCUGUCUGCGCGAGCUGGAAACCUACCACGACGAGACGCGCCGUAACUUCGCCGCCACGCUCGACUGGCUGCACGAGCACGCAUGCUCGCGCACGUACGGCCUCGGCACGCGUCUGCCCUGGGACGAGCGCUGGUUGAUCGAGUCGCUCUCCGACUCCACCAUCUACAUGGCCUACUACACGGUGGCACACAUGCUGCAGAACGGCUCGUUUACUGGUGCGGCCUCCGGCGCCGCCGUCCGGAAACCCCGGAAUUCCCGGAAUUCCCGCAAUUUGCGGAAAAAGCUGGUCAGACCGGAGCAGCUGACGCCGGCCGUGUGGGACUACGUGUUCUGCCGGACUGAGCGGCCGCCCCAGACGGACGUGGCGCGCCCCCUACUGGACAGGAUGCGCCGCGAGUUCCAGUACUGGUACCCGGUGGACCUGCGCGUCUCAGGGAAGGACCUGGUGCCCAACCACCUCACCUACUACAUGUACAACCACACGGCGCUCUGGGCGGACCAGCCGAACAUGUGGCCGCAGGCCAUCCGCGCCAACGGUCACCUGCUGCUGAACUCGGAGAAGAUGUCCAAGUCCACGGGCAACUUCCUGACGCUGCAGGAGGCCGUGGACAAGUUCUCGGCGGACGGCAUGCGUCUCUCGCUGGCUGACGCCGGAGACUCGGUCGAGGACGCCAACUUCGUCGAGGCCAUGGCCGACGCAGGUAUCCUGCGUCUGUACACGCUGCUGGAGUGGGUGAAGGAGAUGGUGGCAAACAGGGCGGCGCUGCGCUCCGGGCCGUCAGACACGUUCAACGACAAGGUCUUCAUCAACGCCAUGAACCACCAAAUCGUACAGACGGGGCGCCACUACGAACGUGCUCUCUUUAAGGAGGCGCUGAAAACCGGCUUCUUUGAACUGCAACUGGUGCGGGACACAUACCGCGAGCAGAGCACGCACGGCAUGCACGGCGAGCUGGUGUUCCGCUUCAUCGAGGUGCAGGCGCUGCUACUCAGUCCCAUCUGCCCGCACGUGGCCGAGAAGAUCUGGCAGCUCAUCGGCAAGAAAGGCAGCAUUCAGUCGGCACGCUGGCCUACAGCCGGCCCCGUGGACCCGGUGCUGCUGCAGGCGGCCGACUACCUCACCAAUGCCGUCCACGACUUCCGCAUCAAGUACAAGAACUACAUGACGCCAGGCAAGCCGCGUAAGGGCGAGGCGCCGAAGCCGGUGGAGAGUCCGACGCACGGCACGGUGUGGUUGGCGCGCACCUACCCGCCUUGGCAGUCGUGCGUGCUCACCAGCCUACGCCAACUGCACCAGGAAAACAACGGCUUUCCCGAAAAGAAGACGAUCGCUGCGAUGAUGUCGAAGAAGCCCGAACUGAAGAAGCACAUGAAGAAGGUUAUGCCGUUCGUACAAAGCGUCAUGGAAAAGGUGGACGCCGUCGGCCUUCAUGCGCUCAAUCUCACUUUGGACUUCGACGAGCAGGAGGUGCUGCAGGCGAACCUGACGUACCUAAUCGACACCCUGGAGCUGGAGGGUCUGGAGCUGUGCUUCUCGACGUCGUCUCCUGACGAGCGCGUGCGCGAGGAGUGCUGCCCCGGCGUGCCGUACGUCGUGUACCGCACGGCGCCCUCCGUCCGGCUGGCCGUCUCCAACCCGCAGCAGGGCAACGGCCUGUUCGGCCUCCAGCUGCCCGUGCUGGAAGGCGACACCACGCGCCGCCUGGCCGCCCGCAUCGCCAAGCUCGAGCGCAACGUCAAAGAUGGCUCCCGGGUGACCCUGAUGCGCUACACGGACCCAGAGCUGGGGCCGCGUCGCGUGCCCGUGUUCGGCGAGCCGACCGCCGGCCGCGAGCCCCUGCCCAACGACGUCACGUUCCACAUCGAUACGGCGCAGGGCCGCGUCACGUGCUCGCGGCAGGGCCGGCCGCUGCCGAUCGGCGACCAGCUGGUGUACAUAGUGGGCGCGUGAUGGAGCUGCGAUGCGGGGGACGAAGCUGGGCUGAGCGGAGCUGAAAUAAGCUGAGCUGAGCUGAGCUGAGCUGAGCUGAGCUGAGCUGAGCUGGGCCGGGCUGAGCUGAGCUGAGCUGAGGAGAUGGAGGGUGGUGAGACACGGCAUAAGUUAUUGAUCCGGUCGCUGCGAGCGUGCGGCAUGCCAGCUGUGUUUUCUUAUGGUGUAAUACGAAGUUGGUUUGCUGGUUGCUGGCUUCUGCGAAAAUGUUUUGGUGUUGUGGGGGAAGUGUGAUACUGGGUCUUCUUCAGGUUGCGUACUUUGCGUCCGUCGCGUCGUAGGGUAAAAACGUGCAUUGCACAUAUUUAUGUUCGGACGACUCAAGUGGCCGGCACACCCAGAGGUUCAUGUGGUGCAGAGGGACAGAAUGGUGAAUGGUAAACACCGAGCGUGGUCAGCGCGGCUAGCAUCGAAGCCCAGUCUGCCAACUGACCCAAAUCGGCCAGGGAUUGGUAGCCCGGAUCUGGAGCGGGUAGAUAGCGACUUUCGUCAAGGCGGUGCUCAACAGUCGAUUUGUAUCGUGUCGCCACUUGUAUGUGGUGUAAGCCGAUUGCGCCCGCUGCGAACUCGGUCGGUAAGUCCUCUCGUAACUCCUUCCAGACCGGGCUCAGGCUGUUUAUCCAGACCAUUUGCUGCCGUACACGGCCCCAGGCACAAAUUGCAAGAAAGCGAAUUGUUGGUGAACUGGAAAUGUUUUUCUUUCAUGGACCAUACUGACCAUAUACCAUACUAACGCAUGUCUGUUUUGACUCUUCAUCGCAUACCUGUGCGUCGAUACCAGCGGCCUGCACGUUGAGCUUUACGUUGCGCCUCCGUUUGUAUAGAUUCCUUCGACAAUAGACUGGGGAGCAUCAGG